CGUAGAUACUAGAUAAUAAAAAGUAUAAUGAAUAAUGAUGAAAUUUAAUUGUUAUUCGGUAUUUCAUUUAUUAUUGUUCAGCAUUAGUUGUUGUAUUAUUCUAUGACUCGUUUAAUUGUUUACUAGUUAGUGCCUGGUAGUCAACCGUUUAUUUGCUGACGUUUAUUAAUUUUCAUAACCGCGAAAUUUUUAAACAAUUAGAAGUGUUACAAAAUUAAAAAUUAAGUUUCGAAAUGGCCCAACCUCAAAGUGGAAUGCCUCCUUCUUCAUUCUUGUUGGAAAUGUUUCAAAAAUUGGAUAAAGACCAUAGUGGUUCCAUCACAGCUAAUGAAUUACAGAGCGCACUAUCCAAUGGCACGUGGUCACCUUUCAACCCAGAGACGGUUCGCUUAAUGUUGAACAUGUUUGAUAAGUCAAAUAAAGGCACUAUAUCAUUCGAAGAUUUUGGUGCGUUAUGGAAGUAUAUUGUAGACUGGCAAAAUUGUUUCCGUUCCUUUGAUAAAGAUAAUUCAGGGAACAUAGACAGAAAUGAACUUCGAGCUGCAUUACAAACUUUUGGAUACAACUUAAGCGAUGCUACUGUUGCCACAAUGUUGCAAAAAUUUGAUAGACUUGGUAGAGGGACUGUACUGUUUGAUGAUUUCAUACAAUGCUGCAUUAUGCUUAAUAAUUUAACUACAGCAUUCCGUCAAUUUGAUACUGAUCAAGAUGGAGUAGUCACAUUGCAUUAUGAACAAUUUGUUGGGCUAGUAUUUAGUAUCAAAUAAGUGGGGAUUAUCAUUUUAUAACUUCCUAUAAUUUAAAUUUUAUUUUUACUGCUAUGAAUAUUUUUUUUUAAUUUUUUUUUU